CAACAACACCACGACGACCCACCGCCACCAUGACUACCGCUCACCGACCCACCUUCGAUCCAGCCCGAGGCAAAGAAGCCGCCCGCGGCGAGGCCUACCACCAGCGCCUCCUCCCCGCGCACAAGACACUCAAAUUCCGCCAACAAAAUCAAGGCACCCCCGCCGAACAAGCGAAGCGCGAUCUCAAGGCCGAGCUGCUACGGAACGAAGCCAGACACUAUGCCAAAAAGGAAGGGCGGGAGCUUCCAGAUGACGAGGAUGCGGCCGAGCCCCAACGACAAAUCGAAGCCGGCUCAAGCGGAGGCGUGAAGCGCAAAGCCUCAGAACCUGGUGACGCGGAAGGACAAGCAGACGAAGAGGACUACGAAGCAAAGAAGCGGCGCGUAUUAGAGGAAACCCGAGAUAUCGACGCAGACUCCGAUUCCGGAUCAUCGAGUUCAGACUCAGAGAGUGAAGAGGAUGAAGACGAGGAUGAAGAAGCAGAGCUGAUGCGCGAGCUGGCAAAGAUCAAAGCCGAGCGUGCGGAAAAAGCUGCGAAGGAAGCUGCGGAGCAAGCGAAGAAAGAUGAAGAACAGAGGGAGAAAGACAUCGCGUUAGGAAAUCCGUUGUUGAAUGCAGGGAGAGAGGACUAUAAUGUUAAGCGGAGAUGGGAUGACGAUGUGGUAUUCAAAAACCAGGCCCGAGGGACGGAGGAGAGGGGCAAGGAGAAGAGAUUCGUGAACGACUUGCUGAGAAGUGAUUUCCACAGAAGGUUCAUGGAUAAAUAUGUGCGAUAAAUGGCGGCGGAGAAGUGACGCACAGCACCAGGUGCGCAGAUCUUGGGGAUUCAGUCGACAAAGUGCUUUUCAGCAACCUGGUCCGAAUAUUGGUACAAAUUCUGGAAAGAAACGCGAUGUCUUCUUCGUGGCUAAACCCCCCAAGAGAUGACGCUCGACUACAACCAAGGCGCCCUUACACUACCACACCGAGUUAAUGCAGAAUGACAUUGAACGAGCUCGUAUAAAUAGGUCUGGCGACAGUUUCUGGCCGAGAUAAGUUCUUCGAUAGAGCGCAGGCGAUGAACUUGCGAGGCUUCUUACAGUGCUGACGCUUGUCACGCCCAAUUCCUUGUGCACAUGCACGCAAACAGAUUCUCGCCACCUGUCACCAGGUUCGAUCAGCAGUCUCGUCGAUCUUGACUGCAUGAACCGCACAGAGGAGUAUGCGGUGAUCGACCUCUUUUCAUCCUCACAUAGUGCUCCUUGCUUCGAUCUUCAACUUGCACCACCGAAGUCGCAUUGACAGUGACAGGCCAC